CCGGCAUUCAAGUAGGGACAGAUUUGUGUCCAAUUCUUCUUCCACAGCUUCUGCGGAGCGUUUUCAAGACGCGGCAUUCAUCUCACCGCCGCACAUCACAAUCUCGCACCGGGGCUUCUUUACCCUGGAAGCGCAGACGGAACCACCCGUGCAGCGGACGAACAGCUGCCCUAGACCGUCACUUUUGUCAAACAUGUGGAAGCUCUCGGGCAGGGUUCGGGGAACGUUCCCAGCUCAAUGGAAGAAGGACCGCAGGCGAGCCAUAAGACUGAGCCCAGCUCCAAGAGGCAGGAUACCCUCUCGUUCCGAACUCUACUAGAAUUCCACACCAAUCUCGCCGUCUGUAAAGUCGACCAUAAAUGCAAACCACAGCGAGGGACCUCCCUUCGCUCGCCGAGUGGUCGCGCGUGCACAUCACCUCCACAUUCACCGCGCCAACACAUGAGCUAACGCUCGCCGCGCUCGAUCAGACCUUCUCACGAUCCCUCAAAGCGACUGUGAAUGGCAAGCCUGUCGACUUUCACGGCUUCGGUCGCAUGAUCGCCGCGAUGUCGGGGCAAGGGAAGAACGGCGGGCCGCAUGUUGAGUGGGUGUCUGCCUACGAGGAGGACGAGCAGGACGGAGGUCGGAGCGGAACCGUGAGAGCGGAAUAUAUCGUCCGGGAUACGAUUGGGACGAUGCCUGGAUCAAAAGUCCCCAUGGAGCUCGAGGUGCAUAAGAAGGUGAUCGCGAGGAUUGAAUCCCAGUCAACCAGACGGAAUCUGGAUAGCAGGCGAAUCGUGAAGUUGCUCGCUUCGACAAAGAUGAUUCCGGUGAAUCCCUCACUCAAGUCACAUCUGUAAGCGCAUGGUCUAGGUGGAUUUUCGGACGGAUUUAGGAUGAACGGAAAGGAAAGAUGAGCACAGGGAGGUAGAUCGUGAGACGUGUAAGAUAAAAAUAUGAUGCGCGAAGCCCUUAAAAUAGCAAGGUCUUCUCCACUUGGAUCCUUGGUAUCUAUGGCGGAAGUACAGUAUAUCACCGUGAUGGUCUUCAGCCUCGAGCAGUCUAAGUUGGGCGUAACUUUCGGGGGUCAGUC